GAAAAUUUGGUCUCAGGUUUGUAAAAAUGAUUUUGCCCCACUUAUUUUUAGUGGUGAUUACUAUUUCUGCUACUUUUUCAAUUGAAGUGAAUCCUAAAAUAUUUAUAAAUAAUGCUGAAUGCUUAGUAGAUUUAAGCACCCAAUUAGUUAAAGGAGAAUGUCGUCUAUCUUUAGAAAAUAAUGAUGACAAACCAGUAAACUCUGUUUUGUAUGCAUUUGAACCUUCUAUUAAAAGCCGUGUUUCAUUCAUUUCUGCUCAUCAAGUAUUUGAAUCUAAUCGCUUGAGUUUAAAUGUUAAACCAGUGACAUUAUCUGGACAUGAAGAUAAACAGUUUUAUCAAAUUGAUUUUAAUGCAUCUCGGCCAUUGCGAUCAAAAGGUCGAGCACCACUUGUAAUUGAAUAUGUUUUAAUUAAUGCUUUAUUUCCCCAUCCUGAAGAAAUAACUCAAAAAGAUAGACAAUUGAUGAUGUUUUAUGGAAAUGCGUACUUUUAUUCACCAUACAAAAGUCUUAAGUCUUCUGUUAAAUUUCAAACUGGAACAAGACGGAUAGAAGAUUAUACUAAUAUCAAUCCAGUAUCAUUGAGCUCUGGAGAUAUUGUUUAUGGACCCUUUGGUUCAUUAGAACCAUUUGCAUACUCUCAAAUUAGUUUACAUUAUGAUAAUAACACUCCAUUUUUAAAAGCUACAAAAUUAACUAGAACUAUUGAAGUAUCCCAUUGGGGAAAUGUUGCUGUUACUGAAGUCAUUGACCUUGUUCAUCAUGGUGCUAAAUUAAAAGGUUCAUUUUCUCGUUAUGAUUACCAACGUGAAACUAAUAGUGGUAUAUCCAGUGUAAAAUCAUUCAAAAUGUACCUUCCAGCUUCAGCAACUAGCGUUUAUUAUAGAGAUGUCAUUGGCAACAUAUCUACAUCAAAUCAAAGAACACUUUUAGACUCUGUUGAGUUGGAUAUUCGACCAAGAUUCCCUUUAUUUGGUGGUUGGAAAACUCAUUAUACAAUCGGUUAUAAUGUACCAGCUUACGAAUAUCUAUACAACAGUGGUGAAGAUUAUUUUUUAAAAAUGCGUUUAAUUGAUCAUUUAUAUGAUAAUAUGAUAAUCGAAGAUGUAACAGUACGCAUUAUUCUUCCUGAAGGAUCAACAGACUUAGAUCUAAAAACAACUCAUCAAAUUGUACGUUUACCAGAUAACUUGCAUUAUACGUACUUGGAUACCAUAGGCAGGCCAACUAUACAAUUACAAAUGUCAAAUGUUGUUGAAAGUCACAUUAGUGAUUUCGAACUAAAAUACAAAUUCCCAAAAUUCUUUAUGUUCCAUGAACCAUUGAUUGUAAUUGUUGCUAUUUAUAUUUUGUUUUUGACUGUAAUUAUUUGGGUUCGGUUGGACUUUUCAAUAGCCAAGGAUGGACAAAGUGAAACACGCCAACGUAUAACUGGAAUAAUUAGUGCAAUUAUGCAUCAUUUUGAACGAAGAGCUUCUGUUUAUAGUUCUUGGGAUGAGGCUUUGAAUAAAUUAAAACAUUCCAAAGACAUUGGUGCAUAUAAUACUACAUCAAAACAAAUUCAAGCUGAUUAUAAAAAUGAAUCGUCUAGCAUCAAUGAAUUAGCUACCAAGUUAAAAACUGAAUCUUCAGAACUAUCGGACAAAUUUAAUGAAGUUCAAAAGGCAGAAAAAAAUUUAAAAGAACUUUUUGGACAGACACAGUCUUUAUAUAUUGAUAAACUUAUAACGGGUAAGGUUGGAAGAAAUCAGUUCGUUGACUUUGAUAGUGGUCUUAAACGAAAAAAAGAUGAAUGCCAAGAAAAAAUCAAUCAGUUAUUAAAAUCAUUGAAUUAUUAAAGUCGUGUUUAUGCAUAUUUCAACCCAUUUUCGUCAUGAUAAAAUAUUGUCUUUUCAUAAAUUUCUAAAAACCUGAUUUAUGUUACUAUAAAAUAAAUUAUAAAUCACUG